GCUGGGACAUUAAACACAGUCCAAGGGAAUAUUUGAUCAUCACUAGGUGUUGAUCCCCGCAGUAGUUAUGUUAAGUGAAGCCGGCACUUAUUUCUUGUAUCUUUUGACUUUUUUAUAUCAGGUUUUUGUUCCCUGCAGGAAUCCCGAGCAGCUGUUUGUGAACUCAGUCGAUCGUCAGCAGUACCUGGGAAGAUGGUUCUUCCAGGCCGCCGUCAGCCACAGAGAAGCUGACAUCCAGAGGUUCAAAGCGCUCGACAGCACUGUGUUCAUCAUGGAGGAAACGGCCAACGACACCCUGGUUCUGACCGGAAACAUGCGCGUAGGAGAAGAUUGCAGGAAACAAAUGUGGACCUAUCUCAUCAAACCUGAGAGGGGAGAUUUGGAGCUAUUAGGUAGGCCCCAGCGUAGAAACCUGCUCUGGAGUGGAGUGUGGGCCAACUGCCUUGACUGCAUCAUUUUCCAGGAGAUAGAGCCACCGCUGAGGGAGACGGACUCAGAGGACUCGCUCAACAGAUUCAUGCUCUACGCUCGACAAAAGGAUGUCCCUCCUGAGAUGCUAACAGCAUUUCUACGCAACUCUGCUUGCCAUAAGAUGACGGAGAGCGUCAGACUUCCUCAGGAGAAAGAGUUUUGUUCCCAGUUGUGAACACAAAGAUGUAAACAAAUCAAGGAAAUUUACCUGAUUAAACUGGUAGAUGAAAUAAAACAAUGCUUACAUUUUUCUGUCAUUUUCAGCUCUGAGAUGCAGAUCUGCAGCUGAGCGGAGAAAAGACAAAUUUAUUUAUGGAGGAAAACCUAUGAAAACAGGAAAUUCCAGUGAAAACGUCUUAGACUCCAGAUUUAACUGGAUUAAAUGUCAUUUAAUAUAAAUUAUACUUUAACAUUUGUGGAAAACACCGAGUUUUGUCAUGAAUUGGCUAUGAAUAAAUUAAACUGACUUGUUUAAUGAAAUAUAAUUAUUUGUUU